CACCGAAACGAACCCGGGCUAAAAAGGAAGAGACGGCCACAACAGCAAUGACACAACCAAACAAUAACGCCAACGAUCAACAUAUACACGAUAAAGUGUAGAGAGAGAGCAGUCGUUUGACUCUCGCAAUUUUCAUCGCGGGUUAUUAUCGAGCCGUCCUUCCAUUUGUUCGGAUUUGUUUGUGAUUUUCAUAAUGUUUGUGGUGGCACGCACACAGUGUAACGAUAACAAUAAUAAACAAUAUCGAGGGAAAUACAGAAUUGUGUGUACGUGUUGUUGUGUAUUUUGUCAUUGUGCUUUACUUUAAUUUAAUUUUGGAUAUAUGCAAUACACUAAUAAUCAAUUCAGCAGAUGAAUCAGUGCGCGUACGGAAGCUCAUGAGCACGGUAUACACGCUUCGAUUAUUAUCUUUUUUUUUUUGCUCAUCUCAAAUUUUCAUUGCAAAACAUCAUCACACACAGUACUUUGAGCUGCCGAGCUGUGUUUGUUUUUAUUUUUUUUUUUCACUUUGAUUGUUGUUGCUUCUGCUGCUUGAUGCCGCCAAUGAUGUUUGAGAUCCGUUCGUUAGGCAACGUAUCCACCAGAAGCAUCUAACAUUCACUGCUACUGUUAUUACCACUGUUUCUGCUCAACUCAAUUUCGAACGAGACAAACAAAAGACGAACGAGAGCAACAACAACAACAUCAAAAAAAAUUAAUUGCGCUGAUUAAAUUUUCGGGAUUAAAUUAAAAGACGUGAAAUUUGGCAUCAGAACAGCACUUCCGAGAUAAUGAGUGAAUAAUUCGUUUUAUUAUUAAUUGAGAACAUUAGUCCCAUUAUUCUUAUCUGCCAACCGAAUAAAUAGACCAACAAGUCUGUCAAUAAGUAAUGUGUAUAGGAGAAAAGUUUAUGCAUUUAAAAGAAAGAGAAAAAAAAAAAUAAACCAAAACAAAAGGAUUCAUAUUCAUAUUCGGUUCAGUGAUUUGUUUUAAUUGAGCGGUGAAAUGCUGGAAUCAGCGACAUUUGUUUUUCUUUUAUCUAAACACACAAACAUUUUGUGAAUGACAUUAAGUGUUGGGAAGAAAAGAUUUUCACUACGGUGAUACGCGAUGAUAUCAUUUUUAAACGCUAACGGAUAUCCAUAUUUAUAGAGAAUAAUGUGAAUGUUCCCAAUCGAAUUUAUUGAGAUAAACGUAGACUGGCUAUAAAACCAAUAUUAUAAACGCCGACUUAAGGCCCGGCUCAGAAAUUUCAAGGCAUCACAUGAAAAGAGAUUUAUUUUUUAUGGUUCGAUAAAAGAGAAAAAAAACGAACAAAAUCAACAACAACAUCCAAAAUUGUCGUUCACUUCAUUCGGAAAAGUCAUAAAAUACCUUUUCAAACUGUCUGCAUUGUCGAUUCGCAAUUUCUCAGCGAAUAUGCUGAACAAUUUGGGAACAGGGACGCUUGGCGGUCAAAAAGAUUGUGAUUUACCGAAAUCGUAUUCAUACAAUCAACUUCCGAAUGCAGGUUCAUCGGAACCGGGCGGUGGUCGACUGAAUGUAUCCGGUGGUAUUUGUGAGCCUCAUAAUUUACACCAGGAUCAGAACGCGGAAAAAUCCAGUAAACAAAAACGACACCGAACCCGUUUCACACCGGCUCAGUUAAAUGAAUUGGAAAGAUGUUUUUCGAAAACUCAUUAUCCAGAUAUUUUUAUGAGAGAGGAAAUUGCCAUGCGAAUAGGGCUAACGGAAUCAAGAGUACAGGUAUGGUUUCAAAAUCGUCGAGCCAAAUGGAAGAAGCGAAAGAAAACAACAAAUGUGUUCCGAACUCCAGGUGCGUUGCUGCCUUCACAUGGUUUGCCACCAUUUGGUGCAAAUAUCACUAAUAUUGCGAUGAGCGAAGGAUUGUGCGGUAGUUCAAUGUUUGGCAGUGAUCGGUGGAGUGUUGGUGUUUCGCCAAUGACAGCAGGUUUUGGUCAGCUAAAUCAAUCAACCUCACUUUCUUCAUCAAUAAAUAGUGGUUUAAAUACGGGAAUAAAUAUAUCGUCAAUGGGCGCAGGAAGUUAUCAACAUUAUGGACUGAACGCAUUGGGCGAUUCAAUGAUGUACCAACACACCGUCAGUGGCAUCGGUUGCUCGGGUAAUUCACCAACAUCAACUCCGCCCAACAUAAAUGCAUGCUCGUCGUCGACUCCGCCUCUCGCCAACUCAAAUCAUCAAAACAACAACUCCAACCACGAAAACAAUUCAGAUCAAUUGGGUAGCCAAGGCACCAAUCAUCAUGUUACCAACAAUUGCCAAACAACAGAUGGCAACGGGAACAAUAGUGCAAAUUUGAAUGGUAACGGAAAUGGUAAUGGCACCGAUGAAGAUGUUUGGCGGGGACACAGUAUAGCCGCACUAAGACGACGUGCAUCUGAGUUAAACAACUCAAUACCAUCAUAUUUACAUCAAAAUUACGAUCAUCAUCAUAACUCCGUUUAUUAAAAAUCGAUUCGGUAUUGGUCUCAUCGCUAAUCGCAAUUAAAUGAAUUAAAAUGCUGAUUGUGACAUACCGAACACCAAAUAUCGCAAAUGAAAAUGCGUCAAAUUGGCUUAGCAUAUAAAUGCCACGGAUCUAUAUAAAAAAAAAAGCUCAAACACAUACACACACAUACACACACAAAUUCGAAUUUGUUUCUAGUUUUUAGUUAUGUGUACGGAAACUUCAUUUGCUACUGCAAAAGUAAUUCCACAGUUAUUCUACGUCUACGUAUCAAAUAGCAUGCUUAAUGAAAAUUAAUUACCACAUACCCUGUAAAGUUUAGACAUGUAAACCCUUUCGGAAAGGCAUUUAACAUCUUACACUUCAAUAUAUAAAAUUUGAAAAUCCAGAAAGAGAGACAAUUUUGAAAAAAAGGAGAUAAGAACAGUAACUGUUGUGUAUACGAAUAUUAAAAUAAUAUAAAUAUAUAUAUAUUGACUUAAUCUUAAGAAAAUAACAAAGCAAAAACAAUUGUAACAGAAAUGAUAAAAUGGUUGUCAGUACAUUUAUUGAGCAAGCAAGCUUGAUCACUAAACAUAGUUUGAGCCAUAUAAUAUCUUACAUUUUUUUAAAAAAAAUAAAUUAAUGGAUAAAUGUCAUUUUAUAAAAAAAAAACCACAACUACUACUACAAAAUAUUAGGAAUCUAUAGCUUUUUGGACACACACACACACAUACACAAGAAAAUUACGUACAUAGGAUAGAUAUGGGAGUUGUAUCGAAAAUGUAUUGAUACUAACUUCAUUUGCGUUUCUUGGUUAGGGCAAGAUUCCUUAAAAUACAUUUAAUUAAUUCAAUAUAUCGAUGUGAAAAUGUGUACAUUUGUAUUUGAUUUUGGUUUGUUUUUGGUUUUUGAUUUUCAAAUCAACAAAAUAAUGUUCAUUGGCGCAACACACAAAAACAACAACUAUUUAAGAAUUUUAACGAGACUUAAAUUUGUAUACGAAAUUCAUCAUAUAAAGAUGAGCUACAAGGGAAUUAGAAUGACAAAAUAAAAACUGUUUGAAACGUAGGAAUAAUAGAAAUCUAUGUUUAUGCAACAAGUAUAUUCGAAUUAACAAACAAAAAAAAAUCAGGAAGGAGUGAAUAAAUUUAGUGUAUUAUAGCGUAUACAUUUAUAUGGAAAUAAAUAAAUUCACUAAUAAUUCAAACAAAAAAAAAACCGACGAAAGUUUUCGAAGAAAUUAAACAGAAAAAAAAAUAAAAUAAAUGGAUGCAUAAUUUUUUUUUUUUUGAUGAUAAAGAUGAUGGAUCAAUGAGUAGCUAAGUUUAAUAGAAAGAAAACCUUAGGAUUACGACAUCAAAAUGAUUUUUGAUUUGAUGAAUUAAGAUUGAAUAUACAACAUAUAAAACACUUUGCAACAAAAUGAAAAUGGUUAAGACUUGAAAGAAUGUAUACGAAAUUCAUACGAUUCCACUGUGACAAAAUAUAUACACAAACAAAUACACAUCAAUAUUUUACCUUUGACACAUUUAAAUCAAAUGCGCCAAAUAACAUUCUCCAAAUUCCACACUCUAAUUGAAAACCCAAAAAUUCGCAUAUUUAGCAUAGUCCUUUUGUAUGCGCGAUGCCGCACCAAUGUUAUACGUAGAUGUGUAUGUCCUUGCGUUCAUAUUAAAUGAAUACACACGAAUACACUCACCAUUCGCUCACAUACAUGCAUACAUAAACUGAAAUAAAAGAAAAACAAUAAAAAAAAUGGGGAAAAAACAUACAACAAACAAACGCAAUAACCAAAACAAGCAUCUCAUCCACAGAUUCUAUUCACACAUACAAAAAUUAAAGCAAAAUUAAAACUAUUGUAAUGAUUAAUAUUAAAUUUAAAAAUAUGA